AUGCUAGAUCCACAAAAGCCAAAUCACACUCAAGAGUUUUCCAUCCACAGUGAACCUGCGGGAACCCCCAGAAAGAGAGACUUCAGCAUCAAAGGAGGAACAAGGUGUCCUACCUGCCUCCUGAGUGUCCUUCAGGUUGUCUCCCUCAGUCCAGGAAGCUCACUUGCCAAAGUUCAACCCCAGAUCCCCACACCACAUGGUGGCUUCAUCUUCAUCUUCAUCGCUGGCACUCCCAACGGGACUUCAUACGGUCUUGUAUUUCUCAGUAAAUCUUGUUCUCUUUGGCCCUUGAAUUAUGUCCUCAGACACAGGUCACCUUUGGGGACAUCCAUCCCCCUUCUAGGGCUGAUGGCAAUCGUGAAUGGAUAUGUGGUGACUCUCCUGUGCAGGCAUGAGAGGCAGCCUGGCAGCUCCACGGCACCUGCCUCCCGGACCAUUCUACUUUUCAUGCCUUUCUUUGUGGUCAUGUCCAUAUUAGACUGCAUUUCCUCCUACUCCGGAAUGACAUACAUGGCACCAUGA